AUGGGCGUAACAUCCGGGAUCGCACACCUCUUCCAAUCCAUAGUGGAGAUGAUCCAAGGCAUCUUCGCGACAAUCUUGUCGACCUUCAAGUUCGCGCUGAACGCCGUGGUGGACGUCUUCAGGGGCUUUGUGAAUUUCGUCGAGGGCACGCUUGGUUUCGCUAUUCACAAUUUCUUCAUCCUCGGGACCGUGGCAGCUGUUGUCUUGGGCUAUAUGCUGUAUUCGCAACAGCAGCAGCAGCAGCAUCGCAAGGGCACGGCGACGGCGAUCAAGAAUUAA